AUGGGUGUAUGGGUGCACACUUCCCUCGGGCUCCCACCCCAGCACCGUGGGUGGCUGCGGCUUUGGGAAGAGGGCGAGGGGUGCACGGAAUGUGAUCAGCACCUUUGUCCCUCAGUGCCUGAGAACUGCCCUGCAGGCUUGGUGCAGUACAAUUGUGGGUGCUGUGAGCAGUGUGCGAACGUGGAGGGGCAGCAGUGUGACCCGGAUGGUGCUCAGAAGUUUUACGGCAGAUGCGGGGAAGGCCUGGUAUGCCAAAGAAGAAAAACUCCAAAGAGGGGACGCAGGGCUCAGCCAGAGCCUACAUGUGUGUGCCAGGAUCAGGGCUUUGUGUGUGGCUCAGAUGGGUGGACAUACCCAAAUGUGUGCCAGCUGAGAGAGGCUGCCAGCCGCCACAACACUACCCUGAAGCUCACUUGGAGAGGACCCUGCUUCUCUGGUUACUGCACUCUUUUCUUACAAAUCUUAUCAGUGCAGGGAAGCUCUCCCCGUAUCAGCCGAGGCCCCAAAGACCUGUCCAACUACACAGGGAAUGACAUUGUGUUUAGCUGCGAGGUCUCAGCGUACCCUCUUCCGAAUCUGAACUGGAAAAAGAAAGGAAGUGAUGAUUAUCUGCCAGGGGAUGAUCCUCACAUCUCUGUCCAGGUUCGAGGUGGUCCCCAGCGCUACACCGUGUCUACCUGGCUUCAGAUACAGGGCCUCCAUGUCUCUGAUGCAGGGGUCUACUCUUGCGUCUCCCACAAUAGCUUGGGAGAAACAUCUGCAUCAGCACAGCUCACCGUGUUGAGAAAGGUGGUGAAGGUGAUGAAAGGCCAUGGGGAGGAGGAAGAGGAGCGCUUUGAUCAUUUGGAGGAAGGCAGUGGUGACGAACAGCUGCUGUCUGGAGAUUACCGGGCAUUCAUUUAG